AUGUUAUCACCUGCACAACAAACAAUAUCUUCUUCUUGUCCUACUCCAACUGGUGCAACCGGUACUGGACAUCGUAGAGCAGCACUUCUUUUUAAGCAUUCAUAUUCAACGGGUAGUGCUACUACGAGUAGUGUUGGUUCGCUUAAAACGCCGAAAACCGGUUCAGUUCUAUCGGAAUAUAGUGUAUUCGAUGAGCAUGAUUAUGAGAUGACACGUCAAACAAUGCGUGAUCUUAUCGAAGAAAUUCAAAUAGAGAAACCUUUUAUAAGUUUUAAUGAUAUGUUCCUUGAUCAAGAUGAUAUUGUUGGUUGUUUACUAAGAAUAUUUAAUGAAUAUGCUGAAAAUAUCAAUGGAACAAAACAAAUAAAACGUGAGCGGAUGUCAGAAUUAUUAGAAAAUUCAAAAAUAUUUAAUAAUAAAUAUACACUAUCAAUGUAUAUCGAUGAUUGGAAUAAUUUUCGUAAACAAAUGAUAAAGAAGAAGAUAUAUGAGCGAAAAACUAAAACUUUAGAUUUUUGUGGUUUUGUUCAAAUUAUUGAUAUUAUUAAAAAUCAUUUAAAUACAAAUAAAGAUGAAAUUCUAAAGAAAAUUAUUGGUUCUCAAAUUUACAAUGAUAUUAUUAAAUUAAAAGAAAUUCGACACAAAAUUCAAUAUGGUUUAUUACCAUCCAUGAAUAUACUUGUUAAUCAAUCUAGUGAAAUACAACCCAAAAUAAAUGAACGACAUUUGAUUAGGAAAAAGAAAAAGAAAAAGAAAAAAACAAAAUCAGUGUCAAGUACUGCAAAGAAAAUUAAAGCAAAAGUUAAAUCGAAGAAUAAAAAAAUCAAUUCAUUAACACGUAGUACCAAAAAACGAGACAAAUCGAGUAGGAAUAGAAAAAAUCCAGGCAUUGAUAAGAAAAAAUCAAUGCAACAGCGUGUUCAAACUUCUCCACAAGCAGAACAAUCACGAGUAUCAAUAAAAGUUUCAUCAAAAGAGGUACCGAAACUCAAAACAGUGUCUAUGUUAGAACCAUGGAUUGUACGUGAUGACCUUGAUAAUGAAUUGAAGACUAAAUUAUUUGAACUAUUUAAACUAUCUUCUGAACAGUUUGAACAUGGAUUAAUUCGACAAAAUGUAUUUAUUCAAUGGCUUCGUGCAUCACACGUCAUUCCAGAUACAUAUUCAACAAAUAUUAUUGAGGGUGUGCUAUCUGACGUAUUAGCUCGUAAUAUUAAUGUUGGUACCUAUCAGUUGAAUGUGGAAACUUUCGAAUGGAACGGCUUUAUGGACUGUAUUCAAGCAUUGGCAAACGAAAUUCAUCUAUCAUCAAACGAAUUCGUAAAAAAGAUGCUUAUAGCUGAUGAAUUUUCGCUUCAAAGAUGGCGUGUUGAAACUGAACGUAUUCCCUUGGAAGCAGGAACCGGUAAACAAACAAGUCGACCAUGGGAUUCUAAAAAGGUACUAGCUACUGUUAAUAUUAUGCGCGAUGUUAUUGAAGAAAGUCGUAAAUUACAUUUGACGGACGAUGAACGGAAACGUCUACGUUCACUUUACAAAGAAUUUGCUGCAUUUGCAUAUCGUCGUCAAAGUGCACAUUUAGAAGCGCGUUUAACAAAUUCUGUCCUGAGUAGUUGGAUGCGAGAAUGUCGAAUAUUUGAUGAUAAAUAUACAAUAAAUGAACUUGAUAAAGAUUUUAUUUCAAUAUUAGGAGAUUUUACAUUAAACGGUGUUUAUCCACAAGGUACACGUGAUAUUGAUUUUGAUGGUUUUCUUAUUUUAAUUCAAACAAUUGCUGCACAUAAACAUAUUCGAGCUGAUGAUCUUGUUCAAAUGAUUUUUGCUGGACCACGUAGUCCAUUACAAAAAGCAAGUGAAUUCAAUGAACACAUGGAUCGCACAAAAAUUCAAACAAGUCAAAUCAAAUAG